CUUGAAAGUUACAGUGGAGAACAUGAGACAAAAACUAAACAGAGCAUAAAAAGUAAUUUCACGAAGGGCAAGAAACCAGCUGGCUGUGUGGGAAUCAUGAGUGAUGGCUGGAUCAAACACCUGUUUCAGUUGUGGCCAAGCGAGGCCAAAUGAGAUUCUGGUGUCAUGCUGGGACGACAAGAUGUAAGUUGAUUUUUCAAGUUGCUUGUGACACUGACUGACUGACCGUUGAGCUUCCGGGCUCAGCGGCAUAUGGGGUAGUCUGGGAGAUAGACCUGUGGGUUUCUGGCGUCACCGCCAGCAGUCACUGUGGCAAUGCCGGCAGGUUCUGCCUGGAUGGCUGCGGUGGCAGUUUUGGCUGCUACAAACCCGUCAAUAGUGUGGGCAGGCAAAGAUACGCACACGUACAACAUGGGAGAAGACGUGGUUGUUUGGACAGACAAGGUUGGUCCUUACAACAAUCCACAGGAGACAUACGAAUACAGCACACUUGGCCUGUGUGAGCUGGAGGGCGAAGAUAUCGCCGUGGAGCAGGGAGAGCUUUCCAUCGGUGAGACUCUUGAAGGGCACGCUUUCUUCUCCUCGCCAAGGUUGGACAUUCAUUUUGGUCAGAACAAAGCCCAGACCCCGCUCUGCAAUAUGAAAUUGAACGAAGAGAAGGCCAAGGCUCUGGCCACCAUGAUCAAUGAUAACUACUGGUACCAGCUCUAUAUUGACGAUUUGCCAAUAUGGGCUUUCGUUGGAGAACAUUCCAAAUUUGCCCUAGAUGUCAGCCGGUUUUCGAUGAUGUACCGUGACAACAACAAGUCGCUGCAGAUGCCUUCCGGAGCAGCACCACCUGUUCCAAAGCACUUAAAGGGAAAGCCUCUCCCGCGAAUCUACACUCAUCGGCACUUCACCCUCUUCUACAACAAUGAUCAAAUCAUAGAGGUAGACAUGGAGCCAUCCAGCCCAUGGCCGGUCUAUGUUGGAGCUCCGUUGAACUUCUCCUAUACCGUUCUCUGGUUUCAUACCGACAAAGAGUUCAAGGACAGAACAAAUCGGUACUUGGAUCCCAAGUUCUUUGAGCACAAGGUACAUUGGUUUUCAAUCGUCAACUCUUUCAUGCUGUGCCUUUUUCUAUGCACCGUUGUUGCCAUCAUCUUGAUGAAGACCCUCAAGCAAGACUUUACGCGGUACUCUGCCAGUGAAGCUGAAGAACUGGAGAAUUUGGAUGGAGUAGGUGACGAAAGCGGUUGGAAGCAAGUGAACGGCGAUGUGUUUCGAAAGCCAGAUCAUCUAGCAAUCUUUACUGUGGUCUAUGCAUCCGGCUGCCAUUUGGCAUGCACCGUCUUCAUCGUUCUCAUUUUUGCGAUAUGCAACUCGUACUAUGCAUCCCGCGGUGCAACUGCAGGGUCAUUUGUCAUUGCAUAUUUGUGCACUGUCAUUGUUGGUGGCUAUGAGGGUGGCAGAAUAUUCAGAAUGUUCGGCGGACAGCAAUGGAAGAGGACCAUGGUUUACCAGUGCUUGUUCAUGCCUGGAGUUGUUCUCAUCAGCUUCAUUGUCAUCAACACGACGGCAAUCUUCUACAGGGCUACAAUGACAGUGCCGUUCAAGACAAUUUUCAUAAUUAUUGUGCUCUUUCUGGCUGUAUGCGUGCCGCUGCACACAGUUGGCACACUGCUCGGACGCAGAGCAGCCUCAGAGCGGUCAUUCCCUUGCCGAGUUCAUCACUUGAAGAGGCCUAUACCAACAAAGCAUUGGGCCUUCACGCCUAUAAUGACCAUGGUUGCAGGAAUAGUACCAUUUGGUUGCCUCUUCAUUGAGAUGUACUUCAUCCUGUCCGCAGUCUGGAGCCACAACAAGAUUUACUAUGUGUACGGCUUCAUGUUUGCCAUCCUUGUCCUUCUAUGCCUGGUAAUAGUCUGUGUCAGCAUUACUUGCACCUACAUCCUCCUCAAUGCAGAGGAUUACAGGUGGCAGUGGCAGUCGUACAUUAGUUGUGCAGCGACAGCCCUCUACGUUUUCCUCUACACCAUUCACUACUUCUACAACUCAACGCAAAUGUCUGGCUUUCUACAGACUGUGUACUACUUUGGCACCUCAUUAAAUUUCUGCAUUGGUCUAGCUCUAUUUUGUGGCUCACUGGGCUUCAUUGGUGCAUCGAAAUUUGUCUUCCUCAUAUACAGUAACAUCAAGGCUGAGUGAGGAGGACGCAAUAGCAGUCCUACCGGUCCUGGUGCAUGCAGACUUGAAACACUGAGUGGCAUUGUACCUCUGCAAUUGUUGCGAUUCGAGAUC